AUGUUGCGUACAUCGAUACGAUCAGUGAGGGCGCUGGGCAGCAGGCCUGCGGCUGCCGUUGCCGGGCGCCAAUGGCAGGCUUCCGCAGCCCGACGUGCGGUUGUCUCGGGUCAGAGAUUCUAUGCCGACGACAAGAAGCCCGUCGUCGACGAAGCAAAGCUUCCCGCCGCUGAGACCCUUACUGCCCCAACAACUCCCCCACCACCUCCUCCCCAGACUACCCCCGCCGCGACGAUUACUCCCGAGCAAGCACCCUUGACACCACCGGCCCCUGGCCCCGCCGUUGUACCCCCUCCUCCUCCUCCCGUCGCUCCCAUCGUCCCCAAGAAGAAGGGCUUCUUCCGCAGACUCCGCAACUUCCUCCUGAAGCUAGUACUUCUCGGUGUCCUCGGGUUUGGUGGCGGCGUUUGGUACUCCCGCAUCAAUGACAACUUCCACGACUUCUUCACCCAAUAUGUCCCCUACGGCGAGGAGGCCGUUCUGUACCUUGAGGAGCUCGACUUUAGGAAACGCUUCCCCAACGUUGCGAACCGGGUAACAGGCAGACGGGCCGAUACGGCCAGCGAGCAAGUCAGCAUCCCAGCCCAGAGCGGUGCGUCAUGGAGGGUGGCCGAUGGUGACCAUGCCGGCCGCCAGUCGAGCGGUGUGGCCCAAAAGGUUGUUGCUGCGAAGGACGCCGUCAAGGACACUGUCAAGGAUAUCGUCAAGCCCGAGCCUGCUGCUGUAACCAAGGCCAAGAAGGAGACUGCGGCUCUUCCCAAGGUCGAAGCCAAGGAUGCGGCUCUGGAGAAGAAGGUCAAGGGUGUGGAGGAGAAGAAGGAGGUUGCUGUGAUUCCGGCUGCCGCUACUUCUUCCAAGCCCAAGGAGUUCAGGGCCCCUGAUGUCAACGAGCCUUCUGUGUGGCCCCCUGCUUCGCCAAUCGAUCCUCUGUCUGUUCCCCAUGCCGACGACGCCAUCGUUCAACAAUUGGUUCAUAUGCUCAACGACAUCAUCACGGUGAUCAACUACGACGGUGCCGCCGACAAGUACUCCCAGACCAUCUGGAAGGCCAAGGAUGAGGUCAGCAAAGUCGGAGAGAGAAUUCUCAGCAUCAAGUCUGCCGCGGAGGAAGAGGCUGCCAAGCAGGUCAAGGCCCGCAUCGACUCAUUCGACAAGCAUGCCAACGACCUUGUGUCUCGUUUGGAGGCUAUCAUGCUGGCCCAGGAGCAGCAGUGGCGUCAGGAGUUUGAGGCUGAGGUUGAGAGAUUGAAGCACAACUACGACGACAAGAUCAAGCUGAUUCAGGAGCGUGAGCAGAAACUUUCUGAGCAGAAGCUCCAGAACAAACUUUUGGAGCAAGCUGUCGAGCUGCAGCGUCAGUUUUCUCGGGACAUCAAGAAGCAUGUCGAGGAGGAGCGUGAAGGACGUCUUGGCCGUAUCGAGUCUCUCUCCAGGGCUGUCUCUGAGCUCGAGAAGCUUACUACUGGUUUGAACGAGGUCGUUGACACCAACCUGCGCACCCAACAACUCCACGUCGCUGUUGAGGCCGUCCGUGCCAGCUUGGAGGAUGCCCACCACCCCCGGCCAUUCAUCAAGGAGCUUGUCGCUCUCAAGGAGAUCGCCGCUGACGACCCGGUUGUCGAUGCGGCCAUCGCCUCCAUCCACCCUUCUGCUUACCAGCGCGGUAUUUCUACUUCCGCCGAGCUGAUUGACAGAUUCCGCCGCGUUGCCGCCGAGGUGCGCAAGGCGUCUCUUCUUCCCGAGGAUGCUGGUGUCGCUAGCCACGCCUCUAGCUACCUCUUGAGCAAGGUGAUGUUCAAGAAGCAGGGCUUGGCGGCCGGUGACGAUGUUGAGAGCAUUCUUACCCGCACUCAAACCUUCUUGGAGGAGGGCGACCUUGACAACGCGGCGCGUGAGAUGAACACCCUUGGUGGGUGGGCCAAGACGCUGAGCAGGGACUGGCUGAGCGAGGUGCGCAAGGUGUUGGAGGUGCAGCAGGCUUUGGACGUCAUCACAACCGAGGCCAGACUGCAAAGUUUGAAGGUGGAGUAA